AGAGCCGUAAGAGUAUUCCACAAUUAAUUUCGAUCGCGAAAAAAAUGUGCACGUGGUAGAAUUUUUUUAAUGCGAAUAGCAAGUUGCGAUUGUUAGCACUUUGUUGACUCGAUGAACCUAGUGCAGUGUAUGAGACUCCUUAGACGCACUGUCAACCAAAACAUUCUAUGUAAAACCGCAGGAUUUCGUAAAGCUCGAGAAUAACGCCACAAUGAAAUAAAUCUGGAGAUUUUAAAAUCGAAGACAAUGAAAAGUACCCCUCAGAGACACCGAUUUUUGAGUACGAAUAUAAGAGCCUGAAUUCUUCCAUUAAAAAUGGAUCAUAUACAGGAAGUACGACAACUAGAAUUACUUUGCAAGCAGCUUUAUGAGUCUCAGGACUCUGCGCAUCGCGCUGAAGCUGAAAAAGCUCUUGUUGGUUUUCAAAAUGCCCCCGAUACUCUUACAAAAUGCCAGUUACUAUUGGAUCGCGGGGAUUCGCCUUAUGCCCAAUUGUUGGCAGCCACCACCUUGACGAAAUUGGUCUCUAGGUCCGCCCAAGGACUCAGUCUACAACAGAGACUUGAUAUAAGAAACUACGUAUUGAAUUACCUGGCAACUCAACCAAAGUUGCCAAAUUUUGUGAUACAAGCUUUGGUCACUCUGUUUGCUCGGAUAUCAAAGCUUGGGUGGUUUGAUUCAGAUAAAGAUGAAUUUGUAUUCAGAAAUGUUGUCAGCGAUGUUACGAAGUUUCUUCAGGGAUCUGUCGAACAUUGUAUGGUUGGAGUACAAUUGCUGUCUCAAUUGACUUGUGAAAUGAAUCAAAUAUCGGAGGCGGAUGCAAAUAGAUCCCUCACGAAGCACAGGAAAAUCGCUAGCAGUUUUAGGGAUACUCAGCUUUUUGAAAUAUUUAGACUAUCCUGUUCACUGUUGGGCACUGCUCGUGAAAACUGCAAAAAUUUGAACUUCAAUGAUGAAGCUCAGCAUGGGCUAAUGACGCAAUUAUUGCGACUUGCGCAAAACUGUUUAACAUUCGAUUUCAUAGGAACAUCGACGGAUGAAAGCUCGGACGAUUUGUGCACCGUGCAAAUUCCGUCGAGCUGGAGGCCCGCUUUUCUCGAUUUUACAACCCUGAAGCUAUUUUUUGAUUUGUAUCACAGUCUACCCAACACUCUGUCCUCUCUAGCUCUCUCAUGUUUAGUCCAGAUAGCGUCUGUCAGACGAAGUUUAUUUUCAAACAGUGAAAGGGCAAAAUUUUUAACACAUUUGGUGAAUGGAGUGAAACACAUCCUCCGAAAUCCCCAGGGUCUCAGUGAUCCAGGAAACUAUCACGAGUUUUGCAGACUACUGGCUCGACUGAAGAGCAAUUACCAACUCGGGGAAUUGGUAUUGGUUGAAAACUAUCCAGAAGCCAUAGAACUGAUCGCUAAAUUCACUGUUCAAAGCCUCCAAAUGUGGCAGUUUGCCCCGAACAGUGUCCACUAUCUGUUGAGUCUCUGGCAAAGAAUGGUAGCUUCAGUUCCUUAUGUGAAAUCGUCUGAGCCGCAUUUGCUGGAAACGUACACGCCGGAAGUCUCGAAUGCUUAUAUCACUUCGAGGUUGAAGUCAGUGGCGGUUGUGGUCCGAGAAGGCUUGGAAGAUCCCCUUGAUGAUUUGGGCAUGAUUCAGCAACAAUUGGAACAGCUCUCGGUAAUUGGAAGAUGCGAGUACCAAAAGACGUGCACCCUUCUGGUUCAACUUUUCGAUCAAACUGCUAGGACCUAUCAGGAACUGAUGACGCAAACGGCCACUCCUGCUCAGCAAAUUGAUAUCACUAUUCAGGAGGGACAACUCACAUGGCUCGUGUACAUUAUUGGUAGUGCCAUUGGAGGAAGGGUUUCGUUCAACAGUAACGAAGAACAUGAUGCGAUGGAUGGUGAACUUGUAUGCAGAGUCCUUCAACUUAUGAACCUCACAGACUCUAGAUUAGCUCAGGGUGGUUGUGAGAAGCUCGAACUAGCCAUGCUAAGUUUCUUCGAGCAGUUCCGAAAAAUAUACGUGGGUGAUCAGAUUUUAAAGAAUUCCAAAGUGUACAGGCGAUUAUCCGAUGUCCUAGGUCUCAGUGACGAGGCUAUGGUUCUCAGUGUAUUUAUUAGGAAGAUAAUAACCAAUUUGAAAUACUGGGGUAGAAGCGAACAAAUUAUUUCAAAAACCUUACAACUUUUGAAUGAUCUAUCUGUAGGUUAUAGUUGUGUCCGAAAACUCGUUAAACUGGAGGAAGUGCAGUUCAUGCUAAAUAAUCAUACGAGUGAGCACUUCCCAUUUUUAGGCAACAAUGUGGCGGUAACGGAAAUGCGAUGCAGGUCUAUGUUUUACACAUCACUGGGUAGAUUGUUAAUGGUAGAGUUGGGAGAGGAUGAGGAGAGAUUUCACACGUUUAUGUUGCCUCUCACAGCUGCUCUGGAAAGCCUAGGCCAGUUAAUGGGAGCAGCUGAUACUCCAUUAUUCGCAGCUGAAGAAGCCAAAAAAGCUCUAAUCGGACUUGCAAGAGAUCUCAGAGGGCUAGCUUACGCCUUCAAUACUAAAACCUCCUACAUGAUGCUCUUCGACUGGAUUUAUCCAAAUUACACGCCGAUUUUGUUACAUGCAGUAGAACUUUGGCACCAUGAACCUCAAGUAACCACACCCGUCCUCAAGUUGUUUGCUGAAUUAGUACAAAAUAGAAGUCAACGGCUGCAAUUCGACGCCUCGUCUCCGAACGGGAUUUUACUUUUCCGCGAAGCUAGCAAAGUGAUAUGUAGUUAUGGGAAUCACAUAUUAAAUGUUGAAGUGCCGAAGGACCAAAUAUAUCCUCUGAAGCUCAAGGGAAUUAGUAUAUGCUUCAGUAUGUUGAAGGCAGCCUUGUGUGGGAGUUACGUGAAUUUUGGUGUGUUUAGGUUAUAUGGAGACGAGACCUUGGAUAAUGCACUCAAUACAUUUGUCAAACUACUUCUUAGUAUACCGCAAAGUGACCUCUUGGACUACCCAAAAUUAUCCGCCACGUACUACGUUUUGUUGGAGUGCUUAGCACAAGACCACAUGGCUUUCCUGUCAACUCUGGAGCCGCGGGUGUUCCUGUAUAUUCUCUCGAGCAUCAGCGAAGGCCUCACAGCACUAGGUGCGCUUAAAGACUCCUACACAGAUACUAUGGUUUGUACUGGUUGUUGCUCCACAUUAGAUCACAUAGUGACAUACUUGUUCAAACAGCUUUACCAGAAAGCUGGAGUUUAUCCCGGCAAGAAAAAUUCUUCAUCUCAAGGAAGCGGAGAACUAUUUUUACAAGUUCUGAAGCAACAUCCUGAAAUUCUUCAGCAGAUACUGAGUACUGUUCUCAAUGUGAUAAUGUUCGAAGACUGUAGAAACCAGUGGAGUAUGUCAAGGCCUCUUUUAGGUUUAAUACUUUUGAAUGAAGAGUAUUUCAAUCAGUUGAGAGAGAAUAUUAUUAGAAGUCAACCAGUUGAUAAGCAGGCAGCAAUGGCCCAGUGGUUUGAAAAUCUGAUGGACGGCAUCGAAAGAAAUCUUCUAACAAAAAAUAGGGACAGGUUUACCCAAAAUCUCUCAAUGUUCCGAAGGGACAUAAACGACUCCUUAAAGGGGCCAAAUAUGUCCGUCAGUAUCGCCAGCGAUAUGAUGACUUCGUAGUGAUAUUGCUCUUUUUCAGUUAGAUUUCUUUUAAGUUCUUGCCUGCCAAAUGCUUGUAUGCGUGUGCGCGCGAGAGUGAUGCUAUGGAUUAUGAUGAUAUUCUGAAAAUGUUUUUAGACGAGUAUAAAAUAAAAAAGUAAUACAAAGAUUUUACACAAA